CCGACUUUCGGCCUCGAAACCCUCGACUGCUGACUCGGCCGCGCUUUCCACCACUCUGAGAUGCGUUGUGCAUUCAGAUACCUCGCCGGCUAUCGAAUCUCCAUUCGUUAUUGACCCCGGUAGGCGACGAUACAACUGCUUACAUCCGUUUACCAACUCAACACCGAGCGCCCGUCAUGGCCCAACCACCGAGCAGAGCCAUGACGCCGCGUCCAACAUCACUACCGACGCCUUCCACUCCCUUCACCUCGUCGCCACUCACUCCCACCGGAGGACCACGGCUGGGCCCAAGAAUACGGUCCCGUUUCACCGAGGAUAUGUCAGAACGAACACCAGCGGCCUCCAUCUCCGAGCAGUCUAUGGAUUAUUACUGGUAUGGGCGCUCAGCAGAGGACGUCAAUGCCAAUCCCAAUACUAGCAACACCAACACCUCCCCGACUCCAGAUGUGGAGACUCCUCCAGCGAAACACGAGGGUCGGGAUUGGAGGGUGUGGCUGCGGUUGGCAAACGGGGUUCUGCACGCCGUCCCAUGUUUGGUGUUAUUGGGGAUAUUUGGGUAUGCCAUGCGUGUGUUGCGGGACGAUCUGGGGAGUUACAUGAGCAUCGAAGCGAUUAUUCUCAUCUGCUUCCUUUUCACGGACGUUGCCCUUGAUACCGUGACAAUCUUCCGGGCGAAGAAACCGUGGCCAACUUGGGGCCUGGGGGUACGGUUCACCUGCGGUAUUGCCUACAUCGCCCUAUUUCUAGUCUACGUCGGGCUAGGCGACCCAUUCCCUCGAGGAUACACUUACUGGGGUCUACCCACCCGCUUCGCAGCACUAGUGGUAUACAUCCUUCUCUGCGUAGAAGCCCUCUGGAACCUCCUCCACAUCCCUGCCAGCCGCUACCAACUCGGCAGCGCCCUCCUCGGACAACGCACCACAACAACAACAACAACAACAACCCGGGCCCCCCCACCGAGCCCCUCCCCGACCCUGACCAACAACCGCACCAGCUUCAACCCGCGCUUCUCCGCCGCCGACACGGAGCACUCGUCCAUCAGCCUCACCUGGCGGCGCUGGGUGCGCACGCGCAGCAGCACGCAGUGCAGCAGCGGCCGCGACGAUCCCGAGCCGGCAUUUUUCGUGCACGGGGCGGCGGCGGUCGCCCCCGCCCCCGCGGGGCGCGAGCCGUCGGUGGAUCUGACGCUGCGCGAGCGGCCCGGCGAGGAGGCCGGCAGCUCCCGCGUGCCGAGCAGCCUUGGGGGGAAGCUUGAGGAUGGGGGCGGUGGUGGUGGUGGUGGUGGUGGUGGUGGUGGUGGUGGUUGUGGGAAGGAGGCGGGGAAGUGGUGUGAGGAGAAGUCCGAGGGGCCGCGCGGUCCUCCUCUCCGGUGAGAUGCGCGGGUGGUUGGUGCGUGGUGGACGGUGGACGGUGGACAGUGGACGCUGGACCGCGGGCGGACGGUGCACGGCAGACGGUGGACGGUGAUUUUGUGGCACAAGGGAGCAUGGCACUGGCGUUGGGGGUGAUACUUGCGGUUGUGGUUGCGUUUGGAUACCCAUGAACGGUUUUAUUCCUAGUAGUAAUGUAAGAAUGGUAGAUACAGCUGGUAAUGAUAUUGUAUGUACAAUACCGUUCAGCUCACUGAGCUCCGAACGAUCCCGAGUGGAGAAUAAUUCUUGGCCGAGUCCAGCUGCAUCAAAGUAGGUCCGUCUUAUUUUAGUGUCGUGACCUUUCCCUUGCAGUUCGAUGCCACGAUAGGCCCCAG